UGGCUACUUGCUAGCUAGCGCCCCCCUGAUCCCACGGAACGAAUAACUACACUGCAGCUAGCUAGUAGGGGAGCUGCUAGCUAGCCAGCUACUAGCUAGGUUCAUCACGAGCUUCGAGCUGAAUCGAACGAAUCAUUCGAUUCAAUCGGUGACUUCCCUCCAAUGAUCCGCAAGGCCGAAUUCAAUGGCAAGUUCGAUGUUUCAACCAAGUUUCUACGAUUUCAAGAUUGCUUCCUGGGUCACGUGCCUUGGGAGGGGAGUGUCCGGCUCGCUCUUUUUUCGAACAGCAGCUCCCGCCCUUCCGGACCCCGAUCGCGAGCGACUGUUUCCUGCUCUCCCUCUUGCACCAGCAAAAACAAGGAAGGAACAUCUCGUAGAAAAGCUACGGUGCAUUGCACAGGUGGAGAAGCGGAGAACCAUUGUGUUUUCCCCCUUUUCUACCGUACGAGACCAUUCUACAGCUCAAGAGAAGGCAGUGUUGUCAUCGCUUUACCCUGAUCAGCACGUCUCAAGAUCCUCACAGUCUCACAGUACACCCGUACACGCAAUUGCCGGAUCACACGUAGCGGGUACCGUUUAGUGGCGAAAGCAUCAUCUAUCUCUCCCAAUGACUCCAUCUCUGAAGCAAGAGAACACCACGGAGGCCGCAGCUUUGUUACUUCUGGCCAGCAGCAGCAACCAGCAGCCCGCAGCAGCGUUGCCCCCCAAAAAUGAGCAAGACAAUCCAACGACCAUUCCUGACGACGAUGACGAUGAGUGCUGCCGAUCUGCCAAAAGAGCCGCAACGGGGAAAAUGGAAGGCUUUGUGACUGCGGCGGAAGCACUCUUGGUAGGUCCUCCUCCCUCUCACCAGGAGACGACCGCCGUAGAAGAUUUGAAUGCAAGUCGAGCCUCUGUCGUGUCCCUUUCCUCUCGAUCUUCCACAGCUCGAGGAGGACUUCCGUUUGAUGAGUUUCCAGCGACGGAGGAAGAAGCCCGGGUCCAGCUGGAGGUUGUCUUCAGCCUGGAAGAGUGGAGCGACAUGGGAGACCAAGAGCAUGUUUUGGAGACUCUGAGUAUGUUCCCUGUUCUGGCCACGGAACGCUUUGCCGAUUGCACCGGAAACAGCUUUCACCCGCUCGCGCAUCUCAUCUUUUCACAAACUGGACUCGAGCACAUUCGUGAGGUUCUCAAUCUAUGGCCGGAUGUGCUAGCAUUGCCGCAGGGACGCGAGCAGAAUUUGCCGCUCCACAUUGCUUGUGUCUAUGACAACUACGAUGAAGUCACGGCUUUUUUGGUGCGUUCACAUCCACUCGCCUUGACCAAGUUCAAUGGCGAUGGCAUGCUGCCGCUACAUCGCGUCUUGGCCAAGAAACAAUUCAUUCCCUGCAACGAAAUUGCAACCUUUGCCCUUAUUCAGUUCAUGGUGGGGCUGUACCCGCAAAGUGUGGUCUUGUCGACUGCCAGUGGAAUGACAGCCCUAGACUAUGCUUUCCACGAAGGAUAUGAUAUAUUUGUCUUGUAUUUUAUUCUCAAUCUUUUGGCUCCCGUAAUGCAGCAAUUCACCGUUGGAAAGUCCUAUUAUGGGAAGCCCGUUGUCUUGGACUUGGACAAGGCUCAAGUUCUCAACCGAAUUAUGGCGCACACGCAAAACUUGCACUGCGAGCCCAUGGAAUGGACUGCCGAGGGACUCUCUUUUUUCCUCGAUUGUCUCAAGAACAACCCCACAGCAACCAACAAAGUGAGACUCCGGCUCGCACAAUCCGACAUGGACUCCGAAGGCCGCUUUUCUCUCAAGCAGGCGUUAGAGAUGAACACCAACCUCAACAGUUUUUGUCUGGUAUGCCCGUCGAACGAUGCCAAGCUUGACAAUUCCGCUCUUUUACAGUCCGUUCGAGAGGGGUUGAAACUCAACCGCGGUAUCCAAUGUUUCCAGCUGGGGCAGUUCCUGGGACGAAUGCUCGAUUUGGUCACUUGCAGCGCGGGAGACAAGCUCACCACUGUGGAAGUGGCGCAGCUCUCGUUCACCGAUGUCGCGGCGGAGUGGAACCCAAAUCCCGACGUUUUCCGAGCGUCUCCUUUGCAGAGUCUCACCAUUACUAGCUGCCUUAUGCACCCGGAUUGUGUGCGAAAGCUCAUUUCGAAUCUUGCACUCAUGCCGGCUCUAAACGCAGUGUCUUUGGAUGUGUUUGGACGAGAUUUCUCCACGAAGGCUCCAGAAGAACAGUCGAAGAGUGGCCCAAAGAGCGUGAAGCAGCAAUACAACGUGACCACGGAGCUCUUGGCGCUGCUAGGAAAUGGAAAAUUGCGGUCACUGUCGCUUGGUUCGUACCCGGUGCUGGAUUUCGGACCACUUUGCGAGGAACUGAAGCAAAACACUACUUUGCAAUUUUUCAACGUCCCAACUUGCUUCGAGACAGAUCAGGCAAACGAAGAAGCCAUGCUAGAUGUAAUGGCCAGUCACAAUACGAGUUUGUUGCAGGUCAAGACUGCUACGAUCAACGAACCAAUCAUCCACUACACCACACUGAACGCCUUGGGACGAGGCAAGUUGCGUGAUCCGAGUCUUGCUCAUCACACUUUUGUCGAUCACAUUUGCUCCAUCACUUUGAUCAAUGCCUUGGAGGGCAAUACCAAACAUUCUGUAAUGUACGGUCUUUUGCGGGAAUGUCCCAAAGUGUGGGCGUCAUGGGAUGGGCAACAGAUAUCUCCCACCAGCCGCAAGCGUCGCCGCAAUCCUAGGCUCCCAUCCUUGUCGCAAUCAUAAAAAAGAGCUGUUGCUUUGGAAGCAAUCAGUGUCUUUGAGUUUCCGAUAUGACGACCGACCAAUUGCAAAAUAUCAUAGACGGGGCCUCUUUUCAGAUACUACUACUGCAUGUACGUAGAGACAGAAGACGAAAGAUUGUAAUUGACUAGAAAUGUUGUUGAACAAGAGGCUAAGGUGCUUGCGAAUCAAUCUCUAGCUCUGAUACAAGCUUGGCUUAGUCAAUCAGCCAGGGGCGGGAUUCUCCCUGCGUUCUCCAUACGGCGGUGAGCAACGGUGCUGCUCGCUCAGGUUGCAGAAAAGAAAAGUGCCCGGCAGGAAGAACUUUGACGACACCUAAAGGCUAUUAUUAAUAGUAUGCGAGUUGAAAGCCAUGAAGACACCUGUAAGCCAAUUGACCUGCACCCUGGAAUAAGCAACAUCUCUGUAGAAUGAAUGGAAUUGAAAUACCCGCAUAAAAGUCACAGGACCGACCGGCUGUUUCGCACGCAGGACCGUGAAUACAUCAGAUCUCGUUCUAAAGGAAUAAACACAAGCAAAACUAGCUAGCUAGUCUACUACCGGUAGGUAGUACGAUAGGAGUAACUACCGGUACUCUAGAGCUGAAUAGCCAGUACUGAACAUGGAUGCCAAAACGAGGAUUGAUUCGAUUGGUUGCUGUGUCGGGCCCUCCCAAUUUCGGUCGCCCCCCUCUCUGCGUCCAGGCUGCAUCCUUCGAAAUUUUUGCCUGUCCUUUCCUAAAGUAAUGUUGAAGCCUUACCGUGUACUUGAUAAUACUGAUAAAGACGUAAUACUGCUUUGCGAAAGAUCAUCUGUUGAGAAGAAUGUAAUAUAUCUCCUAAAACAAAAAGGGUACCGGUACAGUACUA